AUGUCACACGAAGGAGACAAGAACCCAGUUAUCACGAUCCCCGGUCUUGGAGUCGUCCAGGGCAUCCUAGACCCAACGCACAAGGUCGCCAAGUUCUUGAACGUCCCUUUUGGUAUCGUCCAGGAGCGAUGGCGCCCAGCCGUCAAGGCCCAACCCUGGAACGGCGUUCUUGAUGCCUCCUGCAACGGGCCGAUGUCGCCGCAACAGACGGUGAACCAUCCGUUCAUCACGAUGCUCCUUGGUGCACCGAGUACCAACGACUUUGAGAACACCAUGAGCGAGCGCGAUUGUUUGAAUUGUAACAUCUUUAUGCCCACCUCUGCUGCUCUGACGUCGUCGGAAUUGUUACCGGUCAUGGUGUGGAUCUAUGGAGGUUCUUUCCGAGCUGGCACCAACUCCAGUCCUCUCUACGAUUGUACAGAGAUGCUGUUGACGGGAAUAGACCUCCAGAAGCCCUUCAUCGCCGUGGCGAUUAACUACAGAGUCAACUACCUCGGCUUCCUUUCCUCCUCAGAACUCCUCCUCGACAAUCAACACCACAUCCAAACCAUCAUCCCUCCACAGCAACAGAAAUGGUACGACGGCUCGAUCGGGAACUGGGGACUUUUAGAUCAAAUCCUGGGCCUGGAAUGGAUCCAGGAAUACAUUGGCGCGUUUGGCGGGGAUAAAGGGAAGGAGGGAUUGGAGCCGUUGGAGAAGGUGCGCAGGUUGAGAGGGGUUUGUGCAAAGGAUUUGGCGGAGGAGUUGAAUUUGGUCGAGUUGGUGUGUUUCCGUCCUGCUUUGGAUGGUGUUGUGUUUCGGGAGGAUAGUCGAGUUCUGGUGGGGGAUCCUGAGGCGUAUGGGAGAGAGUUGGAGUGGGUCGUUACUGGGACCUGUAACGACGAAGGAUCGGUAUUCGCCCCAAUGUUUGGCGCAACAACCCUCGAAGCCUUCGCAUCCCUCAAAACCCGUCUCUGCCCACCUUCCGACUCUGCCUUCUUCGACACCCUCUUCGGGAUCCCCAGCACAGACGCAGAAGCAGCAAUCAUCUCUGCCCGUCUAACAGGGAACGGGAUCUUCAAAUACCCCACCCUCCAAGUCAGUCAGGCCAUCCUCGCCCACCCGACCGCCCAAUUGACCCGGUUCCAUUUCGAUACACACAUCAAGGGCGAGGAGAAGAUCAUGCAAGGGUUGGGGGCACAUCAUGGGAUCGAUAUGUUUUUCACGUUUGGGGGUAAAGUUGCGGAGGACUUGUUGGAGAUGAAUGAGAGGAGGAUGAUCAGGAAGGUUCAGGAGGUCUGGAUUGAAGUCAUCACUGCCCACUCGCCUGAAUCCUCUUAUUUGCCCAAAGUCUCUUCCUCCUUCUCCUUCCUCCCAACAAAUAACGAGGCCGACACUCUUCCAAAGGAAGCAAUUGUAUUCGGGAACGACAUGCAAAUCCACAAAGAUAUCGCAGAACGCAUGUCGAUCGACGAAAUCGAGUUCUGGAAACGUGCUUCAGCAUUCGCGGUCGAGAAGACUACCAAGGGCCGAGGCCAUCAAGUCUUUUUCGAUUUCUCUCAAGGAAUCCUCACCUCCGCACCUUAG